AAGAAGGAUGGAUCUGAUUAUCGAGGCAUACAAUACAUACAAAUCAACUUGCCGCUGCAGCUUCGACUAGAUUAAUCCCCCCAACCACACCCAGCCAACAGGUUCCAUGACACUGCCCAAGCUCUGCUACCCUACCACCCAUGGUUUUGCGUCCGGCCUACACGAAUCGAAUCAGCGUGGCAGUGAGCGCAUGUGCAGACAAGCCAGACACGCACAUAUAUAGAUAGCUAGUCGUCCUUGGAUGGACAGUUCCGUCUACCAAACUGGAGGUGAAGGAGAAGAGCACCAGAGCACGCCCGAGGCGGCGGAGGCGGCAGUGCCGGAGAUGGACGAGGAGGAGCGGUACGUCAAGGUGGCGUCGAGGUUCUUCCGAGUGAAGGCUUGCGGUGGUGCCGCCAUGGCACGUCUCCACUACCUCCAGUCCUGCUUCCUCUGCAAGAAGAACAUCGCCUGCAACCGCGACAUCUUCAUGUACAAAUGGUGCAGAGGGGACGCGGCGUUCUGCAGCGAGGACUGCAGGCAGGAGCAGAUGGACAUAGACGAGGCGCUCGACGCGGUGGCGCGACGGCACCGCCUCCUGCGCAUGCCAUCCUCCUCGCAGGAAGCUGCCACCGUGCGGGCCGAGGCGGCGUCGAGGCCACCGAUGAUGCGCCGCCGGCCGACCAUCGCCAACCUCGCAGCUCGCAACCCCCCCGUGGCCGCCAGCUAAUGCUAAUAAUCAACUUCGCAGCUGGCGUGCAGCCCGCAGCACCGCACGCAUCGAUGAUCAAUCCGUGCGUGCGUCGCAGGAAUCAGUAGGCGAUUCUUUGCCCGGGAUGAGUUGCAGUCAAGAGUAGCAGUUACCAAGCAAGGAGCACUUAGGGAUCGAUUACUUGGCCUUGUAGGCAUGUAGUAUUGUUCUCUGGGGAUCUUGUUGCUGCAUGCAUGGUACUGGUAUCCUUUGCAUGCAGCAUGAUCUCCUCUCUCUCCUCUAGGAGAGGAGGUGAGAGAACUGAACUGAUGAGCAAGCUCACUAGCUAGCUGCUUAGCUAGAGAGAGGGUAUGAAUAAUCGAAGCUGUGGGCAUGGUAGCUUUGUGAUGGAUGAUCCAUCGACAUGCAUGUACAAACCAAAAGAUUAUCAGAACGCGCGUAUGUACAGAUUGCUGUGAUGUGCAGUGACCAGUGAGUGUCUGAUUCUCAA